ACCAGUUGGUACUGUUUUCCAAUACAAAGAUGGCAUCUGUCCCAUUAAUAUUUUUUUCAUUUUUAAUUGCUUUUCCUGUAACAAGUCACGGUAAUGCAACUGGUUUCUGCGUUUUUGAAUUCCAAUCAAAGAUACUUCAGUUGUCAAAUCUCACUUUGGAUCCAAUUCAUAUUGUCAAUUCUUUGGCUGAAAUGUUAAUGCUCUCUCUCCAAUCAAUACUUUCUUCAUGCUUUUGCUGCUACAGAGUACGUUUCCUCCUCUUCAUCUUGCAAGUUCAACAUUGGCUUUCCAUUCUUCAUGGCUCCAUGCCUCACCAACACUCAGUCGUCCGCACCGCUUCAAUUGAUAACAAAGAUGGAGAAAAGGGGCCAGCAAGAACAAGAGCCGCCGGAGAUCGUGAAUCCCUUAUUUCGUACGACCCACCAAGCAAGAGAAGACAAUGACUUGUUACAGGGAAAGAAGUGAAGAAUGAAAAAAAUAAUUAAUGGGACAGGUGUCGUUUUUUUAUUGGAAAACAGUAACAACUGUAUGAAUGGUACUGUAUCUUAGUUUUUCCCUUAUAUCUAUUGUGACGAACAAGAGGAAGUUAUUUUCUUACCAAAAAAAUAUGGAUGUUAUUUGGCCAUUGGAUAAAUAAUCACAACACCUAUGAAGGUUCUUAUAAAUUCUAGUUUAAAGCCCAAAUAGAAGGCUCAAUACAGCAACAAUACAUAUAAUUCUUCUUCUUCUUCCCCAAAUCAAUCAAUCAAAGAUGAUGACGCAGCCGCUGCGGCGUUUGUUCCUGAAAUCAGCCUCUUCUCCUUUGAUUUACAUGGCCCGCGCCACCAUGUCCUCUUCCGCCGGCGUCCCCCAUACGAUUCACCGAGUCCACACUGAGAAGCCCCAAAACGAGGACCCUAUGGCUUACUACAUCCGAACCCUCUCCACGGUCCUUGGCAGUGAGGAGGCUGCCAAGAAGGCUUUCGUGGUAGCUUAUGGUGAUGGAGACGGCUUCACUGCUGUUAACCUUACUCCAGACCAGGCUCAUCAAAUUUCAAACCAACCAGGUGUUUAUAGUGUAAGAGAGAACAAUAGGACCUAUAAUCUCCGCAGCUGCUGCGGUACAGAGAAUCUUGAAAUGCAGUUGAUCAAUCUUUGAUUAGCCGUGUAUAAACUAGUGUAUUGUUAUGUAUGGAUUCCAAACUAUCUGUGUCGCAGCCUACUAGUGUAGUGUUCUCUAUGCAUUCCAAACUAUCUAUGUCGCAGCCUACUAGGGCUGUGCUAUGUAUGGAUUCCGAACUAUCUAUGUCGCAGCCUGCGCUUAUAUGUCAAUAAUAACAUAGGAU